GCCGUAGGCUUUGGCGUCACCAAGUACAUGGUCGAGGCUUAAGCUAACCACCUUCUAAAAGCUGCCUGUUGUCGGCUAGGACUAGGCUCGCCGCUGGCUCAAGCGGUAUACAAAAUAUACAAGAUUAAGAAGCUAGCCAAUUGAGCUUGCGCGCAAGUUGGCGCAGGACCUAUAGGCCUUGCAACGAUAGUUUAUGCAGCUAAAAGAGCUUAUAGACUUACUUGGUAUACAGGAGGAGGAUUUAUAUAAUAUGGACGAGACUGGCAUCCGGAUUGGCAUCUUGAAGAGGCAGGCUGUCUACACGCAACAUGGACGCGAUGUCCUUAUGCCGACGUCUAAUAAUAGAGAGCUCGUUAGCCUUGUAGAGUGUAUCUCUGCGUCUGGCUGUUCAAUUGCACUUAUGAUUAUUGUUAAAGGCAAAUCAAUCCUUGAUUACUGGGCAACUGACCUCCCUGACGAUUACUUUAUCAACACUACAUCCUCGGGCUAUUCAACAGAUCUGACAGCUUUUCACUAGAUCCAGCACUUUGAGAAACAAACAAAGGCUCGUACGAAAGGUCUAUGGAGGCUCCUACUACUUGCCGGCCAUGGAUCUCACGAUACACGCGAAUUUUUGGAGUACUGUGAGCUCUAUCGUAUACUCGCAGUUGCGCUCCCCCCGCAUACGACGUAUCUUUUACAGCCACUAGAUGUGGGCUGCUUUCAGCCAUUGAAAUAGUAUCAUGGAAAGAUACUUGAUUAGGCGGCGCGUAUAGGCGCUAAAGAGAUUACAAAGGAC